GGUAAAGUGGGCGAGCGAGAAUAGGGGAGAGCCGGCGCCGAUGGCUGAUUUCAAGCGCUGGAAGGAGCAGCGGCUGUCGCGCGCGGACGGGAGCCGGAAGGGCAGCGUGGACGAGCCCAUUGCGGGGAUCGUGCGGCUUCUCAAUGGGCGCGACAGCUUCUGCACCACCAGCUCGUGCUCGGGGCGCGUGGUUGUGCUGGAGCAGCCGCCCCUUCCUCCCGCCGCCGAGGCAACCACCGGCUUUGAGAUACAGAAGCAGAAUUGCACCUGGCUCAUGGUGACCCAUCAAAUAUGUGCGAUCGAAAAUGUGCUUACAGCCUUACAGAAAGCGACAGAUGAUGCCAUAUUCAAAUUUGAACCAUUUGUGCUUCAUGUGCAGUGUCAAGACCUUCAAGAUGCACAACUUCUGCACAAGGUGGCUAUAGAAGCCGGGUUCCGGAACUCUGGCAUAACUGUUGGCCGAAAAGGAAAAAUUAUGAUGGCUGUCCGAAGCACUCAUUGCUUAGAAGUUCCACUAAGCAGGAAAGGAAAACUGAUGGUCAGUGAAGAAUACGUUGACUUUGUGGUUCAAGUUGCUAAUCAGAAGAUGGAAGAAAAUUGGAAGAGAAUUGACAGGUUUUACAGCUCCCUCCAGCUUGCUUUGGAAAGCAGAGACCAUUCCAGUAGCUCACCUCUCGAGGAGAAAGAAGAGAACAAAGAAGAGAACAAUACUAUGGACUCCUACAGAAGAAAAAUAAAGUCUAAAGGAACUGAAAAGGAUGGUGAAUGUACUUCUCCUGGGAAAAACAGAAGCUUAAAAAGUGAAGAUGAGGCAGAAAACAGUCUUGGUGUUUUUCACUAAAAUAUGCUACAGAUAAUUGUGUGAAGUAGAUAUAUACCCACAUUAUGUUUGUAUAAUGUUUAGUUUGUUUUGCUCUUUGUGAGAGCUUAGCCGAUAGAUUACUGUGCUCUAUAAAGUAGCAUUUUCUUAACAUAGAUUACCCGUACUAUGGAUAUUAAGUUACCAGCAAAGUAAUAUAAUGCCACAAAAUGUCAAUGAACAUGGGAAAAUGGCAUUUUUAAUACUGGAGGUAAAACUUGUUCUUCAAGCAAUAUUGUUUUACAUAAAAUAUGCAAUAUUCCAAACUACCUAAUUCCAAACUACCACCAUAGUUGUGCUCUGUAUUUGCUAUUCCAGUUUUGAAAACCCAAUCUGAAAGUUCUGUUGUUAAAUAUAUUUAUCUUCUUCACUUAGUAGAGAUA